GAAUAAUAAAUAAAUAAAUGUUAUAUAGUUAAGGGAAAGAAAACACCUGGACGAACCUGGAAUCUUCCACGAGGUUUUCGGCGAGGACCAAUUUGGGGGCAUUGCAUCUCAAGAUUUACUUUUCGAAUCAAAAUUCUUCGUUUUUCCCCAACCAAUUGCUUCUCCCUCAGCCCGAAUUGGUUUGGUUGGUAUUGUAAUUGAUUUUGUUGGGUGCAUCUGAAGAUCUGAGGGUUUAGGCAAAUGACGAGUGGUUUUGGGGAAUCAACUAGAGCGUCUGUUCCGAGCCCUUCAUGCUCAGGGAACAGUUCAAACGAUGCUGGUGAUUUCGAAUGCAACAUAUGCUUUGAUUUGGCGCAAGAUCCAGUGAUCACUCUGUGUGGUCAUUUGUUCUGUUGGCCAUGCCUCUAUAGGUGGCUCCACCAUCACUCCCAUUCUCAGGAGUGCCCUGUUUGCAAGGCCCUUGUGCAGGAAGAGAAGUUGGUGCCUCUUUAUGGAAGAGGCAAAUCGCCUACGGAUCCCAGGACCAAAUCAUAUCCUGGAAUGGAGAUCCCUCACCGUCCUUCGGGGCAGAGGCCGCAGACAGCGCCUCCCCCACCUCCUCCCGAGGCCAACCCUUUUGGGAAUUAUGGGUUUGGACUCAUGGGGGGUUUCAUUCCCAUGGCAACUGCCAGAUUUGGAAACUUCACGCUUUCCACUGCCUUUGGUGGCUUUAUCCCCUCCCUGCUCAACAUUCAUUUCCAUGGUUUUCAGGAUGCCACUGUGUAUGGGACAACAUCUGGUUACCCGUUCGGGUUCAAUGCCUUUCAUGGAGGGAACACGAGAGGUUUUACGCAGCAACUGGCCAAGUGCAGCGGCAAGAGGACAAUGUCUUGAAGAAUCUUCUUUUGUUGAUUGGAUUUCUUGUCCUUCUUACGGUUAUUUUUGUGUAUUAAUAUCAUUCUGUGUUGAGGUUACUAUGCUUCUCAAGGAGUUGUUGUGUGUGUAAAUAUUUUAGAUGACCUCAAGAGGCAAUGGUAUGCUCUAGGAAGCUGCCUGUUUAGCUCUUUAAUAACUGUAUUAUAAGCAUCUGCAAGAACUUGAAUGCUACCUGUUUGAUCUUCUUCACUUGCCUGGUGUUUUACUGUCUUUUAAUA